AUGAAGGAAAAGAAGGCGGAAGAGGUCCUCCCGUGCCGAAAGGAGGCGCGGCCAAAGAAGAGCGAAAAGGCAGAGGAGGACAUGAAGGGCGCCACGAAAAGCACACUGGCCGAUAGUGAUGAGGACUACUCCAUCAUCACCCUAUGCACAAAGUGUCUGUCCAAAAAGACGGAAGAAAAUAAGAAUAAAAUCAUCCUUCAUAGUAAAGCGUUUAAGGAUAACAAAGGAAAAGGCAGAUGCAGCGUUAGCAGCUGUACGGACCCCUUAUCUCACCACUUGAACCUGUCCCCCUAUUUUGAUAGAUCACAAAUUGUACAGGAAGUAAUCCUAAUGGAUAACGAUGAGCUAACAGAUGUGUAUGAAUUGGAUAGAUACAAACUGGGGAAAGGGUCCUAUGGAAAUGUGGUCAAAGCAGUUAAUAAAAAAACAGGACAACAGAGAGCAAUAAAAAUUAUUGAGAAAAAAAAAAUCCACAACGUUGAGAGACUAAAGAGGGAAAUUCUAAUAAUGAAGCAAAUGGACCAUCCGAAUAUUAUUAAGCUGUACGAAGUGUAUGAAGAUGCAGACAAAUUGUAUCUAGUCAUGGAGCUGUGUAAUGGGGGAGAGUUGUUCGAUAAGAUUGUAAAGCAUGGGAGCUUCUCCGAGUAUGAGGCGUAUAAAAUUAUGAGGCAAAUUUUCUCAGCCCUGUAUUAUUGUCACAGCAAAAAUAUCAUGCACAGAGAUUUAAAACCGGAAAAUAUUCUCUACGUGGACAAUUCUGAUGAUUCUCAAAUUCAAAUUAUCGACUGGGGCUUUGCUAGCAAGUGUAUGAACAAUCACAAUUUGAAGUCUGUCGUUGGAACUCCUUACUACAUCGCUCCUGAGAUACUAAAAGGGAAGUACGACAAACGGUGUGACAUAUGGAGCAGUGGAGUUAUCAUGUACAUUUUACUGUGUGGGUAUCCACCCUUUAAUGGAAAAAAUAAUGAUGAAAUUUUGAAGAAGGUUAAAAAAGGAGACUUUGUUUUCGACUCAAAUUACUGGUCUCGCGUAAGUGACGACGCAAAGGAUCUCAUUUGUGAGUGUCUCAAUUACAAUUACAAAGACAGGAUAGAUGUAGAGGGGGUUCUAAAUCACAGAUGGUUCAGGAAGUUUAAAACGAAUAAUAUUGUCAUCAAUAAAACUCUGAACAGAGUCCUUAUUGAGAAAUUUAAAGAGUUCCACAAAUUGUGUAAAAUAAAAAAGCUAGCUGUUACUUGUGUGGCUUAUCAGCUAAACGAAAAAGAUAUUGGGAAGCUGAAAAAAACUUUUGAAGCGUUUGAUCAUAACGGAGAUGGCGUCUUGACAAUAUCGGAAAUAUUUCAGUGCUUAAAACUGAAUGAUAAUGAGUUAGACACGGAAUUGUAUUUUCUUCUAAAACAACUGGACACAGAUGGAAAUGGACUCAUCGACUACACGGAAUUUUUAGCCGCCUGUCUGGACCACUCCAUUUUUCAACAGGACGUCAUUUGCAGGAACGCCUUUAACGUCUUCGAUUUGGACGGAGACGGCGUAAUCACCAAGGAGGAACUCUUCAACAUCCUUUCCUUCAGUGCCGUUCAGGUCUCCUUCAGCAAGGAAAUCAUUGAGAACCUCAUAAAAGAGGUAGACGCGAACAACGACGGGUACAUCGACUACGACGAAUUUUACAAAAUGAUGACUGGGGCGAAGUAG